CGCUCUCAGCCGUCUCAUCGCGGCCGGCCGGCGCAUCCAGUCGUAGCUAGUCCAACAAUCGGACGCCUUCAAUCUUCUUCUCCGACCCUUGUGCCCGCUGGACGACGCGCCGCACGACCGGCGCCGGCGAUGGCGGGGGAGAUCGCGCCGUCGGGGAGCCGGCGUGGCUGGCUGUCUGCGGCUUCCAUCUCGCAGUCGCUGCGGGCGGGCGGCGACCCGGACGACCCGUUCCGUCGGUCGACGGCGAGCCGCGACGACGGGGACGACGAGGAGAACCUGCGGUGGGCGGCGCUGGAGAAGCUGCCCACGUACGACCGCAUGCGGCGGGGCAUCAUCCGCAGGGCGCUGGACGGGGAGGGCACCAAGCUGGCCGCCGGCGGCGAGGUGGACCUCACGAACCUGGACCCGCGCGACGGCCGGGAGCUCAUGGAGCGCGUGUUCAAGGCCGUCGAGGACGACAACGAGCGCCUGCUCCGCCGCUUCCGGGACCGCCUCGACCUGGUGGGCAUCGAGCUCCCGCAGAUCGAGGUGCGGUACGAGCACCUGUCGGUGGAGGCGGACGUGCACGUCGGCGCCCGCGCGCUGCCCACGCUGCUCAACUCCGCCAUCGACGUCCUCGAGGGACUCAUCAGCAGGUUCGGUUCGUCCAACAAGAGCACGAUUCAGAUACUUAAGGAUGUCAGCGGCAUCAUCAAGCCAUCGAGGAUGACACUUCUUCUGGGGCCUCCAUCAUCUGGGAAAAGCACACUUAUGCGAGCAUUAACUGGGAAGCCUGCUAAGAAUCUUAAGGUGUCUGGGAAAAUCACCUACUGUGGCCAUGAAUUUUCUGAGUUCUAUCCUGAGAGGACUAGUGCAUAUGUCAGUCAAUAUGAUCUGCACAAUGGAGAAAUGACUGUAAGAGAGACAAUGGACUUCUCCAGAAGAUGUCUAGGCAUUGGCGCCAGAUACGAUAUGCUGUCAGAAUUAGCUAGACGGGAACGAAAUGCUGGCAUUAAGCCUGACCCCGAGAUUGAUGCUUUCAUGAAGGCAACUGCAGUUGAAGGAAAGGAGACCAACAUUAUGACAGAUAUUAUUCUCAAGGUUCUUGGGCUUGACAUUUGUGCUGAUAUUAUUGUUGGUGAUGAGAUGAAAAGAGGCAUUUCUGGUGGGCAAAAGAAACGUGUGACAACUGGUGAGAUGUUAACUGGACCGGCAAAGGCUUUGUUCAUGGAUGAAAUAUCUACUGGGCUUGAUAGUUCCAGCACAUUUCAGAUUGUCAAAUACAUCAGACAGAUGGUUCAUGUGAUGAAUAAUACAGUGAUGAUCUCCCUUCUCCAGCCUCCGCCUGAGACCUACAAUUUAUUUGAUGACAUCAUUUUACUAUCAGAAGGUUACGUAGUCUACCAUGGGCCGCGGGCUGAUAUCCUUGAGUUCUUUGAGAGUGCUGGUUUCCGGUGCCCUGAACGGAAAGGAGUGGCAGACUUCCUUCAAGAGGUGACUUCCAGGAAAGAUCAACAGCAGUAUUGGUGCCACGACCAGGAACAUUAUCGUUAUGUGUCAGUCCCAGAGUUUGUGCAACAUUUCAAGACAUUUCAUGUUGGCCAGAAGCUCCAGAAAGAGUUACAAGUUCCUUAUGACAAGUCUAAAACACAUCCUGCUGCAUUGACUACCAAGAAGUAUGGGUUAUCUAGCUGGGAGUCUCUCAAGGCAGUCUUGUCCAGAGAAUGGUUGCUGAUGAGGCGCAACUCCUUCCUCUACAUAUUCAAGUUUGUUCAAUUGUUUAUGCUGGCAUUCAUAACCAUGACAGUGUUUUUCAGAACAAAGAUGCCCAGUGGAAAGUUUUCUGAUAAUGGCAAAUUUAAUGGUGCUUUGGCUUCUUCUUUGAUCACAAUCAUGUUCAUUGGAGUUACUGAGAUGAACAUGACCAUAAAAAAGCUACCAGUAUUCUAUAAACAGAGAGACUACUUGUUCUUUCCAGCAUGGACCUAUGGACUUGCAACCAUACUAUUAAAGAUUCCCUUUUCAUUCCUGGAUUCAUUUAUGUGGACAACUGUUACAUAUUAUGUUAUGGGUUUUGCACCUGCUGCUGGAAGGUUCUUCAGCCAGUUUCUAGCAUACUUUUUAACACACCAGAUGGCUGUUGCCAUGUUUCGGUUGCUAGGUGCAAUUUUGAAGACAAUGGUUGUGGCCAAUACAUUUGGCAUGUUUUCGCUGCUUAUUGUUUUCUUGUUCGGAGGGUUUCUCAUCCCCAGACAGGACAUUAAACCAUGGUGGAUUUGGGCCUACUGGGUAUCUCCCAUGAUGUACAGUAAUAAUGCUAUAUCUAUCAAUGAAUUCCUUGCCACUAGAUGGGCCGGUCUGAACACUGAUGCAAACAUUAAUGCACCAACAAUAGGGAAGGCUAUUCUGAAAUUUAAAGGCUACUUUGGUGGUCAAUGGGGGUACUGGCUUUCCAUCGGUGCCAUGAUAGGAUUUAUUAUUCUUUUCAAUGUUCUCUUCCUUUGUGCUCUUACAUUCUUGAGCCCUGGUGGCAGUUCAAAUGCUGUUAUUUCUGAUGACGACGACAAAAAGAAGUCAACAGAUCAAGAACAAAUGCACCAGGUUCCCCAUGGUACGGAUGAAGCAGCAAACAGGAGAACCCAGACAGGAAUGGUCUUGCCCUUCCAACCACUUUCACUUUCUUUCAACCACAUGAACUACUACGUUGACAUGCCUGCUGCAAUGAAAGAACAAGGUUUUACAGAAAGCCGCCUUCAAUUGCUAUCUGAUAUUAGUGGUGCAUUCAGACCAGGUGUUCUGACUGCACUAGUUGGUGUCAGUGGAGCUGGAAAGACCACUCUAAUGGAUGUACUGGCAGGAAGAAAGACAAGUGGAACUAUUGAGGGAGAUAUAAAGCUUUCUGGUUACCCUAAGAAACAGGAAACUUUUGCUCGCAUCAGUGGCUAUUGUGAACAAACUGAUAUCCAUUCACCAAAUGUUACUGUGUAUGAAUCACUCAUUUAUUCUGCUUGGUUGCGUCUUUCUUCAGAAGUUGAUGAGAAUACUAGAAAGAUGUUUGUGGAAGAAGUGAUGUCACUAGUUGAGCUUGAUAUAUUGCGUGAUGCUCUGGUUGGUCUCCCUGGUGUUAGUGGGUUAUCGACUGAACAAAGGAAGAGACUGACCAUUGCUGUAGAACUAGUGGCAAACCCUUCAAUUAUAUUCAUGGACGAGCCAACUUCUGGCCUUGAUGCUCGAGCUGCUGCAAUUGUCAUGCGUACAGUGAGAAAUACAGUUAACACUGGACGGACAGUGGUUUGUACGAUCCAUCAGCCCAGCAUUGAUAUCUUCGAGGCUUUUGAUGAGCUUCUGUUGCUGAAGAGAGGAGGGCGAGUCAUAUAUGCUGGCCAGCUUGGUGUUCAAUCUCGCAUACUAGUUGACUAUUUCGAGGCAAUUCCAGGUGUUCCAAAAAUUACAGAAGGAUACAAUCCAGCAACAUGGAUGCUGGAAGUCAGCUCUCCUCUAGCUGAGGCUCGCAUGAACGUUGAUUUUGCUGAAAUUUAUGCAAAUUCUGCUCUUUACCGGAGCAAUCAAGAACUUAUUAAGGAGUUGAGCAUUCCACCACCAGGCUACCAGGAUCUUUCCUUCCCUUCUAAAUAUGCCCAAAAUUUCCUAAAUCAAUGUAUGGCAAAUACAUGGAAGCAAUUUCGAUCUUAUUGGAAGAAUCCACCCUACAAUGCAAUGCGCUAUCUUAUGACACUUCUCUAUAGUGUUGUGUUCGGUACAGUCUUUUGGCGCAAGGGAAAGAAUGUAGGAACAGAACAGGACCUGCUCAAUCUACUUGGAGCCACAUAUGCUGCUAUUUUCUUCCUUGGAGCUGCAAAUUUGCUCUCAGCUCUACCUGUUUUUUCUAUCGAAAGGACAGUCUUCUACCGUGAAAAGGCUGCUGGGAUGUUCUCUCCAUUGUCCUAUGCAUUUGCGCUGACUGUCGUGGAGCUUGUCUACAACAUUGCUCAGGGUAUUCUUUAUACUGUCCCUAUCUACGCUAUGAUUGGCUAUGACUGGAAGGCAGACAAAUUCUUCUACUUCCUGUUCUUUAUCACUGCUUGCUUCCUCUACUUCACACUGUUUGGUGCAAUGCUGAUUGCCUGCACUCCUUCCCAAAUGCUCGCAAGUAUUCUUGUCUCAUUCACUCUCACCAGCUGGAACAUCUUCGCGGGAUUCCUCAUACCCCGACCGGCGUUGCCUAUCUGGUGGCGAUGGUACUACUGGUGUGACCCCGUGGCCUGGACCAUCUAUGGCGUCAUCGCGUCGCAGUUUGGCGACAUAGGCCGUAGCGUUGAGGUUCCUGGCAACCUCGCCGGCAAAGCAGUUAAGGAAGUUCUGAAAGAAACCCUGGGCAUGAAGCACGACUUCGUCGGCUACGUCCUGCUGGCGCACUUCGGCUACAUCCUCUUGUUCCUCUUCCUCUUCGCUUACGGCACCAAGGCCUUGAACUUCCAGAAACGGUAGAUGGUGACCAGUAGAGGAUAUAGCAUGUACUUACUUGAUUACCCGUCCUCGUUAAGUGUGGGGUUACGUAUUGGAUAACAUGUAAUUACUCAGAGUACUCGACCACAAUGUAAUUUCCCCCCUCCUUUUUUGAGUGUAGACCUACUUGCCGGAUCACAGUUUCAGCAAAUCUAGAUUUUUUUUUCCAUUUUCCUUCUUUUUUUUUCUUUAUCGACGGCCCAAGUCUGUUGCAAAAGUGACCAUCCCGACCACAUGUUCUCUUAAUUAAGACUACCGAAGAAAGC